UUAGUUUUAAUUAGAUUUGAUUACAUUUCCUUCUCUCUUUCCUUCCUUUGUUUUUUAUUUGCUUUUGCUCAUGCGAUUAAAUAAUUAAAAACAAGAGGAAGGAAAGAGACGAUUAUUUAAAAAGAAAAAGAAAAGAAAAAAAGAAACCAAACAGUCCUCUAAUCACAACCUCAAUUUUUGAUAAUCACCUCUACCAAUUACACCACUCAUUUUCAAUUCUCCAAUAUCCGAUCGUCAAAUUUCGUGAAGCAUAAGCUAAUCAAGAUUGCCCAUAGUCUAAAUUACCCUCAUUGACUUUUUCAAUUCUUGAAACCUAAAAGGGUCAGGGUCAGGGUCAGGGUCAGGUUUAGGGUUAGGGUUUCUCCGUUAUUGAAUUGUUCAAGAAUUAUCAUCAAACGGAGUUUCGUCUUCGAAGGCUGUUGUUGUUGAUGAUGAUGAUCAUGAUGUGUAAUCUAUGAUGAUUAUGGUUAGGGUUAGAGGCUCAUCAUCUGCGCAAAUGGAUGCGUCCGGCGACGCGUAUAGAGGCUCUUCUUUAUCGAGCAGUACUACGAGCAGUAGUAAUAAUAAUAACGGUGGUAGGCGUUACGGAUUAUUAUCGGCUUCGAGUAUAAUUCAAGCGCCGAUUUCUGCUUUGUUAGAAUAUUCGGGUCUUUUGAGAACAACAACAGCGAAUUCUAGCUUCUCUAGGUCAACUCAUCAUCAAGAAUCUGACCCUUUGAUUAUUGAUGAUUCUAAUGCUGCUGCUUCUGCGGGAGCGAAUGCUGGGGAGGUUUCCAUCAGGAUAAUUGGUGCAGGGGAACAUGAUCAUGAUAGAGAUGGUGGUGGCACUGGAUUGGUGGUUGGUCAAAAUGAAGUGGUCUCUGCUCAACAGCAGCAGCAACCAUUGAUUGCUGGGUUAGCAUCCAAUAUAUUCCAGGGAGAGAGUGGAAAUGACCGUCGUAAUGGUGAAGGUGGCGGUGCCGGCAGUGCUGGUCAGCAGGGUGCAAGUGGAGAUGGGGAAGUUUCUGCUGAUGGUAGUGGAGGUAAUGGAAGAGAUUCUUCAUAUCAAAGAUAUGAUAUUCAACAAGCUGCUAGAUGGAUUGAGCAAGUUCUUCCUUUUUCUUUGCUUCUAUUGGUUGUUUUCAUUCGUCAGCAUUUGCAAGGGAUUACAGGGUUCUUUGUUACAAUUUGGAUUGCUGUUGUUAUGUUCAAGUCAAAUGAUAUCAUGCGGAAGCAAACAGCUCUGAAGGGAGAAAGGAAAAUUUCCAUCUUGGUUGGCAUCUCUCUAGCUUUCACGCUUCAUGUGGCUGGUGUUUAUUGGUGGUAUAAAAAUGAUGAUCUUUUAUACCCUUUAAUCAUGCUUCCUCCAAAAUCUAUACCACCUUUUUGGCAUGCUAUGUUUAUCAUCAUGGUGAAUGAUACGUUGGUUCGACAGGGAGCAAUGGUGCUCAAGUGUAUCUUGUUAAUAUAUUACAAGAAUAGUAGAGGCCGAAAUUAUCGUAAGCAGGGUCAGAUGCUAACUUUGAUUGAAUAUCUGAUAAUAUUAUAUCGUGCGUUGUUGCCGACACCAGUUUGGUACCGUUUCUUUUUGAAUAAAGAAUAUGGUAGCCUCUUUUCCUCACUAAUGACGGGGCUGUACUUGACUUUCAAGCUCACAUCUGUGGUUGAGAAGGUGCAGUCCUUCUUUUCUUCGAUAAAGGCACUGUCACGGAAAGAGGUUCAUUAUGGCGCUUAUGCUACAACUGAACAGGUAACUGCAGCUGGGGAUCUAUGUGCUAUUUGCCAGGAGAAGAUGCACGCUCCCAUUCUACUUCGAUGUAAACACAUAUUUUGCGAAGAUUGCGUCUCGGAAUGGUUUGAGAGGGAAAGGACAUGUCCAUUGUGCAGAGCUUUGGUUAAAGCGGCGGAUCUCAGAUCAUUUGGCGACGGGUCGACUAGUUUGUUUUUCCAGAUAUUCUGAUGAGUUAUACUGUAUAAAGAUGUUAAUCUGCAAGCUUCAAACACUUAACUAAUACCAAGUAAAUGCGUCGCUGCUUUGUUCAUUAAUUUAGCAGCCAAAGAAAUUGAGCUGAUCCAAAAAGAUGAAACAUAAAUUUUCGCUGUUAAUUUGUUGUAUCCAGAAAGGUUCGAGUGCAUGUAAUGUAAUGGCCCCUUAAAUACACUUCCUCUAAGAACUAACUGUAUCUCUCAUUGUCCAUUUACCAUAAAUGAAUUACCCACCUUUUUGAAAAA